CUGGGGGAAUUGAGGAGAGAAUGAAAACAGUGCCGCUGCUGUUGGGAAAAAAGGGAGGGAGAAAAAAACGUUAUUAAAGGACUUGAACCUGGGAUUUGUUCGUAGACAAAUGGUCUUCGUUUAAAAUGAACAUUGAGGAAUAUUGGUGGACAUAAUUGAGUUUAAUUGCGUACAAUCUAUCAAUGUCAGCGAUUAAAAGGAUAAUAUAUGCAAUCGAUUUGGAUUUUUGAGUGUAGCUUCGAUUAGUUCUUCUACCUUAUCAGUCAUGCAGUUAGAAUUACGAACAUUGAUGUUUGGAAUUGUAACCGUGCUGGUAUUAUUUCUGAUCAUUGCUGAUAUUGCUGAAGUCGAGAAAGAAAUUGCAAAUGUAGCAGUGAAGGCCAAUCCUAAACCUUUAGUCAGUGAAGGGGAGGACAAGAGCCCUGCUUCUCCUUCAUACUCGAAUAAUACCACCAAGCUCUCUACAGAUAACUGGAUGUUCAACAGGACCCUCUCCAAUCUCAUCAGGAAGAACAUCCUGAGGUUUUUCGACCCAGAGAGGGACAUCUCUAUUCUGAAGGGCACAUUGAAACCUGGAGAUGUCAUCCACUACAUCUUUGAUCGUCAGAGCACUACCAAUAUCUCAGAAAACCUAUACCAGUUGCUGCCCACUGCAUCCCCCAUGAAGAACCAGCACCACAGGCACUGUGCCAUCAUAGGGAACUCUGGGAUCCUACUCAACAGCAGCUGUGGGCCAGAGAUAGACUCCUAUGACUUUGUUAUCAGAUGUAACCUGGCGCCAGUGGAGGAGUAUGCUGGGGAUGUGGGCCGGCGCACCAACCUUGUGACCAUGAACCCAUCUGUGGUGCAGCGGGCCUUCCAGGACCUGGCCAGUGAGGAGUGGAGGGAGCGCUUCCUGCAGCGGCUCCGGAGCCUCAGCGGCAGCGUACUGUGGAUCCCAGCCUUCAUGGCCAAGGGAGGAGAGGAGAGGGUAGAGUGGGCCAUCCGUCUCAUCCUGCUGCACACGGUUGAUGUGCACACCGCCUUCCCCUCACUGCGCCUUCUCCAUGCUGUCAGAGGGUAUUGGCUGACCAACAACGUCCAGAUAAAGAGACCCACCACUGGUCUACUGAUGUACACCAUGGCCACUCGCUUCUGUGAGGAGAUCCACCUGUACGGUUUCUGGCCUUUCCCUCAGGAUUCACAGGGGAAACCAGUGAAGUACCAUUACUAUGACACUCUGACCUACGAGUACACGUCCCAUGCCAGUCCACACACUAUGCCACUGGAGUUCAGGACCCUGAGUUCACUCCACAGACAGGGGGCGCUGCGUCUCCACACUGGCUCUUGUGAUGUAGGAACAUAAUCUAAAAACACAGCAAGGAAUGUACUGUAUGUCUCCAUCAAUGACCCUUACGCUUUUGGGAAAAUACCUCCUGCUUAGUUGAUGUCUGUCAGACACGGACAUCUCAGAGGAAAUACUUCCUGUAUUAAACUGUAGGACAUUUUUAUGUAGCUGUGACUUUAGUUGAAUGACCGUAUGCAGGAUACUGCAUGUCUUAUUUGGGCUCAUGUUGUCCUUCAAGAGACAUGAGCACUGAAGAGUUUUUAACAUUUCUACAGUAACCUGUGAAAAUUUUACCUAAAACGGACACUUUUUAAUUUGUUAAAAAAUAACUAAUUUAUGUUGGUAAAUGCUUUUUUUCAACAAGAAUAACUUUUCUAUUUACAUUUAAUGUGUCAUAUAAAAUGUAUAUAAUUACAACAUUUAUAAACUUUUUAUUGAUAUUUUGAUAAUUAUUCCUUUGAAUUAUAUGAUAAAUCUACUUCAUCACUACUGUUGGAGACAUAUCAGACAGAUCAAAGGCAGGAGCACCAGCCUGCAUAGCACUGAUUGAGCCACAAGAUGGAAGCACUUCUUCAUAAGGAAACUAUAAAUAGUAGUACAUUUAGUUUUCCACAUUUAGUUUAUUAGUGAACAUGGGUUCAACUACAUACUACUGUGUGAUGUUUGAGUUUAUUUUAUUUUUACAGGGACAGUGCACAUUAAUCAACGUUUCAGUAGAAGUGCCGGUUUUAGCCAUCCGGCUAAUUUUCAACCGCAGUCCCUGGGCAGUUUUGUUAGCUCUCACCUUAAAUUGGGAAUUGUAUUUAAUGAGUAGCCUAAUAGUGUAGGCCUAGUUUCUUAUUUUUGCCUUAACUUCUUC